AAUCCCAACAUCCUUAGCCAUGUCGGCUUUCGCCUGUGAACCCACACAGGAGGUUUCUCAUUGAAAUUGUCAAUUAUGUCCUGUCUCGAUCCGGAAAUUCAACCGCGAAACGGCAUAUCAUGCCCCGAUUCCCCUUGCGCAUCUUCCGCCUCCCCUACACCCGCGCCGCACGCCGGCGACGCAUGUACACGAUGCUUACCGCUAUUUGCGUGGUAAUUACAUUCAUACUGCCAUUCUACGUCAUUUACAAGCCUCCAAACCUUCUGAUCCGCUAUUUCCAACAAAAGUGGCCAGAUGUGCUAUGGCACGUGCCUGCUUCUACUCUGCGACGAAAUGGGGAAGAGAUGGAUAAAGUCGUUGCCUUGACGAUCGACGAUGCUCCUUCAGAAUUUACGUUGGAUAUUCUCAAGGCAUUAGGAGAGAAUGAAGCAAAAGCAACAUUGUUCGUCAUCGGAGGCCAAGUUGGUGGCCGAGAGACCAUUCUCCAACACGCAGCAAAAGCAGGAAUGGAAUUGGGAAAUCACGCCAUGCAUGACGAGCCAUCUCGUUCCUUGACGCAAGCAGUUCUUGAGUCAGAAGUUCGACAAGUAGAAGGAUUUAUCAAUGGGACCUAUGAUGCUGUCAAUCUGCCGCAUCCACCACGAUAUUUCCGACCUGGAUCAGGCUUCUUCAGCACAAGGAUGCGCAGACAGAUUAAAGAAAUGGGCUAUCAGAUGGUUCUGGGUAGUGUCUAUCCUCAUGAUCCGCAAAUUGCUUACCCGAGUGUGAACGCACAGCAUGUACUGAGCAUGGUGCGGCCUGGGAGUAUCAUCAUAUGUCACGAUCGGCGAGAAUGGACGGUCGUGAUGCUGAGAAAAGUGCUCCCAGAGCUAAAGAGAAGGGGCUAUAGAAUUACGACAAUCUCUGGGCUGCUCGAGGCAGCAGGGAGAAACAAGGCGACUUGAUGCAUUCAACAGGAUGUUGCAGAAAUGGAAGAUUAGUGUUGGACAUAGCGGUUUACGUGUUCGAUGUGAACACCUCAAGAACGACUAAAGAUGAUGAGAUUUAUAGCUAUGUAUCUCUUAGGGAAGAGUUCUCGUGCUCAAA